GGCAACAGCAAUGUCGUAGACCGGAAGUCUCCUCUCCCGGAAGAGAUACUUUCCCAUAUCGGUCAGCGCAGCUGCCGAGUCUAUAGCAUCUCGUCCCACACGGUUUCUCUCCAGAUAAGGGGUGGCAUCCCUUCCCUGAAACAGAGCACGAGUUAUGGCUACGGAAGCUGUAUGCGAGUAUCUGAAGAUACAAAAUAGACCAUACAGUGUAAAUGACAUUGUUAUGAAUCUUCACAAUGAAUAUGGAAAGUCAGCUGUACAGAAAGCCUUGGAUCAGUUGGUGAGCAAGGGGAAGGUGUUUGAGAAAAUUUAUGGUAAGCAGAAGAUAUACUGCAUCGUACAAGACUCGAAGUACGAUGCUGAGGAGUUAAUGCGAAUCGACAAAGAAUUGCAUGCACAUGCAAAUGAGGUGGAGGCCAAACUUCAGGAAGUUGAAAGGGAAAUCAGAUCCAAGGAAAGUGCUCUGGCAACUUUAAAGUCGAGUCUUACCCUUAAAGAGGCUCUUAAGCAGCGCGACACGUUAAAAUUGUCAGUGAAGGAUCUUACUAAAAAAUUAGACAACCUUAUGGAAGCCAUAGGCACCGAAGACCUCAGUGAAUCUAAGAGGAAGGCCGAGACUACGCUUGAUGAUUAUUCCCGUGAAUAUUCGAAAAGAAAACGACUCUGUACCGAAAUCGUAGACUGCAUAUUAGAAAAUUAUCCUGGUGGCAAGAACGAAUUGUAUGAAGAAAUCGGUAUAGAAGCAAAAGUCGUAUAGUGCCUUUAGAAUAUAAAGAUUAAAUACGAUAAUAUAUAUUUUUUUAAACUUCAACAAAAAUUCGAUGUCAUAAGUAAUUUAUUGAGUAUCAAUGAUAUUUGUUCUACGACAAUAUAAAGUUAUUUUUGUAUGCUCCUUCUAUGCGUCGCGGUAGUUUGCUUAAAUUUUGAAAAAAAAAAAGAAAAAUUUGCACUACCUAACGUUUAUGGUUACAUAAUGUAAUAUAUUUUACAAAGCUUU